AUGGAUAAAUCCCCGUCACAAUCUGGAGGCUGUGAGCCAAACAGUAAGUACGGUUUUACGGUGGAUUUUUCCUGGGGAGUUGGUUCUCUUCGAGAAUGUGCCGGUUUCCCGGCAAGAUUUCUCGAUCCAGAGGAUCAACGAUCUUACGUUGAACCUCUUGGCGCCCUUGUAGUCUGCUGGGAUAUCGAAACAAGGCAGAGAAAGUACUCCUUUCAAGCUCACAGCGAUUUAAUUACCGUAAUGCUUUAUAACGCUCGCCUCGAUCUUGUUUUAACUGCAAGCUACAGCGGCGAAAUCAAAGUUUGGAGUUCGAAGUGGAGAUUGCUAAUGUCAACAAAUUCAAGUGUAGGAGAGGUUCACUUUGCUGAUUGGUCAGAAAAUGGGGACAAAAUUUUAAUCUGCGGCGGAGAAGAUUCAGUUGUGAUUGUUUAUGAAGUUGUAAGAUGUGCGGAGAAUUGGGAAAUUCAAGAAAACACUCGUAUUGCUGCCCCACAACCUCCCAAAAAUUCUUCUCAUGAGGUCGUGGAAAGUGACCCUUCAAAAUCUACGAGCAACAAGGGUACUCCAAGUAGCUCUACAUAUGUGGAACAGAAAGAUUAUUAUGAUAUGGCAAUUUUCACGCCCGAAAAUAAAGUCAUUGCCCUCCUACAAAGGCAUCAUAACAACUUCAGUGAGGCACACUUAUUUUCAAAAAGUGGUGAAUUGUUGAAAUCUCAAAUAUUAGAUCCACUUGGUGAUUCAAAGUCGUCGCUGAUGUGUAUCUCAUCUUGUCAUAAUGGAAUUUUUGCUGUGGGAUUCCAGGGUGGUCUGUUUCUACUCCUUCAGGAACAUGAACUGUCAGUAAUAUCGCUAUUUCAAGCCACAGGUUCUGCACAGGUUGCCCUUUGGCAUGGUGAUUAUCUCCUUACUGUGUCAUAUCUGACUGGGAUAUUCUCCUGGUGGUCAACCAAUGGGGAACUUUUCCAUGAGAUCCGUGGUGGUCCGACAAAUUCUAUAAUUCACCUAAACUGGGCUAUACCAGGAAAUGCUUUGUGGGUGGGUGGAAUCAUGUCACUUAAUUAUGUCAGCCUAAAUUAUAACAAAGAGGAUAAAUUUGAAAAGAAAUUUCCUCUAAGCCUUGAUGUCAGGCACACAAUUAAGUUUCUUGAAGUCACUGGAUGUGGUGUUGCAGUAAAUGAAUCAAAUUUAGUCUUGGCAGGAGACUUUACUGGAAAUGUUUGCAUGUGGAAGAAGGGAGAAACAGAUCCCCUCUUUUGGACAAAGUAUGAAGCUGCCAUAAGAUGCCUUACUUGGAACGAUGGCUAUGCUUUCAUUGGAUGCUUAGAUGGUGAACUUCUAAGAUGGCUCCCUGGAAGUGACUCCUCUCCAAGUGUGGCUUUGUCUUGUAUUGGUGGCAUAAUGACCAUGGCCUGGUCACAUGACCUAACUGUCUUAGCUAUUGGUUUGGGCACAGGAAAUUUAUGUGUCUACAAGUUUCAGCAGCUUAAUUCAUCUGAUCCUAAAGAGGAGCUCAAUUUUCAAGCUCAUUUCAUCAAGGUGGGAGUGGAGAAGAGAGCAGCUGAGAUCUGGAGUGUUUGUUGGAGUCCCUGUGGUUCCUUGAUUGCGACAGCCUCUGAGGAUCAGACCACUGUUGUGUGGAAGGCUGACACUGGUGAGUUAUGUAGUUAUGUCAAAUUUUGUUUAUCUAGUUGCAGGGUUACCACAGGGUUAUCAUAUUUUUGUAAGCCUUUGUAAGUUGUAAUGCCAUGAGUUGUAUUAUUAUUCAUUCAAAAUAUUUCUCAGUUUCUGAUUUGCUAAAAUCCCACGGAUAAUUAUUAUUCAUCAUGUAAUCAGCUGCUGUUGACCAAAUUAGGGAGAGGGUUGCGAUAUGUAAAAAAUGAGAUCAUUUCUACAGCAUAAUUGCCAGAAAACUGGACAGUUGACCAAGAAGACCUAAGGACAAGGUUUAGUUGUUUUGGUAAUCCAGGAGGGUGUUAUCCAUCUCAGCCUAAUCAGCCUAGGUGGAUUACACCUUCCUCGAUCUCCAUAUUUCUUCAGAUGAUAGUUAGUCUCAAACAAUAAUUGUUAAAUGACAUUGUCAACAAAUGAAUACCACAUAGAUGCUAGUCUGACUCUCAAAGCUGUGACUCCUGCUGGGCCCAGUUCUCAGAAGUCCUGGUUACUUUACGGGCCCAAAAUCCAAUAUUCAAAUCAAAAUCUUAAAAACAAAAGUGUGGUUCUAGACAAUGUAGAGUACAGAACAGUACAUUUUGUUUUGUUAACUGAUAGGUUUAUCAUGAAAUUAUCUGCAAAACUACAGUAUUGCAAUUUGUAACAGUUCCCCGGCCCCAUUAAUUAUUGGAACUUUGAGAAACAUGCCUUAGAUACAAAUCAUGGUAGCUAAUUUUGCAGAAGGAGGAAGGAGAACAAAAAAAAUUUAUGUGCAUCGAUGUCAAUGAGAAAAACAAACAAACAAACAGGAGCAGAAAGUGAAACCAAGGAUAACAAUAAAUUGUAUCUUUGUCAGUUAAUAGAUAAAAUAAAAAUCAAUCUUGCUUCAGGGAGCCUACUUCACUUAUAUAUGUAAAAAAACUAGAUAAACAACAAUAAAAAACUAGAUAUCCUCCCUCAAUCCAAUGACACCAAAACAUGCAAUUUGAGAAUAAUUAUUAUUAACAGGUGAAAGUAAUGCGAAAACUACUAAAUAUAACUUACUAUAAGCUUAAGCCCCCCUCCUCUUUAUAAGCUUCAUAAAGAUUACAAUAUCCCUAGCUUCUGAUGUACAGUAUCUUGAUUCAAAUCAUUCCAAUCGUUACUAACAAAAUUAACUGACAUCCAAUGGCCCCAUUUGCGCUUGGCAGCAGUCUUACAUAUGUUAAACUUAGAUCUGGACCAAACCUGUGUGAGAGGAGGUGGUUCCUACAUUUUUAAAUGAAUAUUAAACGAUGCAUCUUUAUUCUGAUCUUGAGAUUUACCCAGGAAAGCCUCCCUAAGGCAGCACUUGCAGAUGAUCUAUAAGAAAGGUCUAAGAUGAUACAUGCAGCUUUGUUCUGUAGUACUUGUAAAUACUUGUAAAUCUGACAUUAAAGACUUAUUACCCCAAUCCCCCGAGACUAUGUCGGCCCAAUCAAACAAGGGAAAACAUAAGAAUUAAAAAAUAAAAGCCUACGAUAAAUUGGCAAAUAAUUCAUAAUGUGCUUAAGCAACUCUAGCUUUUUGUUGUCCUUAGAUUUAAUAUACUGUAUUUAUUCGAAUAAGCGACCAACCUCGAAUUAGCGCCCACCUCGAAUACGUGCCCAUCCUAAAGGCAGAAAAGUUAAUAAGCGCCCAACCUCGAAUAAGCGCCCACCACCAUCCCACACACUCAAACUCAAAUAAGUGCCGACCCUCACCCCGCUUCCCGCUCCCGGUGGGCCCCCCUGCAAAAAAAAAUUGAAUAAGUACUAAUAAGAGACUUCCCCGAAGACGGAGUUUUCGUCAGAGUAGUUUACAGGAACCUUGCUUUGUUACAUCUUCGCGUUUUGUUAUUACCAUUUAUUGUUAUGUGGCAAAAUAAACAUACUACACUUGCUGAAAAUGGUGAAAUUUUAAUAAGCACCCAGCCUCGAAUAAGCGCCCAUCCUCCAGGUCCAAAAAUUUAAUAAGCGCCCAGGGCGGUUAAUCGAAUAAAUACGGUAGUCAAGGAGACAUCUUCAAUAGAAAACACCAGAGUUGACGAUAACUUUGCCAGGCUUUGAGUACUUCCAAUAAUCAUGAAUUUGGAUUUCUUGAUGUUAGUUGUUAGGUGAUUUGUCUUAAGCCACUUGCAGACAUUUUCAAGAUCACAGUUGAAUUUCUCCUGAAGGACAUUUGAGCUUUUAGAUGAAAAGUACAGCACAGUAUCAUGUGUUUGAUAUAAUAUAUUAUAAUUUACGCUUUCCUUGCCCAAACAGGACAGAAAAUGGAAACUCUGACUGGUCAUACAACAGCAGUGACAUCAGUAGACUGGAAGAAAAUGUCCAAUGGACAGCUGAUAUUGGCGACUUGUGCUGAUGACAGGACAGUUCAUAUCAGAGAUGGGACAACAUUCCAAAUGAAGCAUUUGCUGGACACUAAAGACAUUCAUGGCUGGUACACACUAACUUACUUGAGCCUCAAUCCUUUUGGACAGUGGUGUCUCUGCUCAACACAGAAUGGCCGCUUGGUACUAUGGGAUUGCAUGUCUGGCGAAAGGCUCGGGUGCAGGAAAAUGCAUGCUGGGUCUAUUGAAGGAUUAGUGUGGAAUAAGGAUUACAGUUUCUGCGCUACUGUUAGUUCUGAUUGUGUAGUGAAUAUGUUCCGCGUGAAUGGAAAACAAUGCAAGUUGUGA